AUGAAACUUCUCCAAUCUGUCUCCCUCGUUUCUGCGAUGGCAACGUUAGUGAACGGUUUUUCGUUCUCUACAAUUACUGGCGAAUCUUCGCCGUCGAAAGGACUCAUUGAUGACACCGACCUGACACCCGAUGAAGAGAGUCGCAUCUACGGCGGAUCUAAUGCUGACAUCAGCAAGUACUCCUACGUGGCAAAAUUGAUUCCUGGCGAUGCGGAGGAUGUAUUGCUGUGUGGUGGCACGCUAAUUGCCCCCCAGUAUGUUCUCACGACUGUGUAUUGCCUCGGGUGGUUCCCGCUUGACUUACACGUAUCGCUUGGAAGUCAGAAGAGUAAACAUAAAGGCUCUCCAAAGUCGGAGCGGAUUCGUGCCGUCGAGAUUUUCCGUCAUCCGUCGUUCAACUCUACGUGGUACACGUAUGACGUGGCGGUCAUUAAACUCGAGAAGCCCUCGACUCAUAAACCAGCACGUCUCACUGGUGCUGAUGGAUCGGACGCGAAGGCUGGCACAAUCGCUACUGUCUUUGGGUGGGGGGAGAUUAGCAAGGAAAAGAAUGCUGAAGCUCUCCAAUCUGUGGCUGCCAAAAUUAUCCCCGACGAUGAGUGCAGCAAGUAUGCCAUUGACACCGAUGUCACGUUGUGUGCUGGUACCGAACGUGGGAAAGGCUUUUGUGGCGGAGACUUCGGCGCCCCCCUUAUUUCCAAAGGCGUGGUCGUGGGGAUCGCAUCCACUUUUCCUGGUGAGGCCAAUGAUUGUGGCGAACUACCUGGAAUGUACACGCGUGUCUCCCACGUGCUUGACUACAUCAACGAUGUAGUGAAUGGUGGCUCCACAGGUAAUGUUACCGACUCGCCCCCGCUGAAUGAAUUUACCGCGGGAGGAUCUCAGUAA